CAUCAGCAUCGCGGGCAAAUGGUUUUAAGCACACGAUUCGAGUGGUUGACUGCCGUUAACCUACCUAUGACAUGUACCUAUUGCGUCUAACGACAAUUACGCAUAUGUUAUGUUAUGUAUGAUAAUAAUUAAUCUUUUUGCACUUUUUUUGUGUUAAAUCACCAAAGCAAUCCGAUCUUGCGCCUCUACUGCCGCCGCGCGCGCCGAGGCCAUCUAAGUCUGAGAAGCCUGGACACGGUUUAUUCCACCAGCCUGUCCGUGCAAUUCUAGAGCGCCUUCAUCUGGACAAACCAUCGAAGCCGUCCAAGGGAAAAGGGAAGGCCGUCGAAGGAAAAAAAACUAAACCUAAAAACGUAGAAGAAGAGCGUUUAAAGGCACCUGGCCCAAUGAUAUUCGUGAAGGUUGACAAGGAGGAUACUCCAGGGCUGAUGCUGAAGUGCCAUCCAGGCACGGAAGCAUCGACGAUCACCGAGAUUUGCAUGCAAAUAGCUGAAAAGGUGAACGAUGUUCCAUUGCCACCUCGGAAUGCGCAUUUAACGGAGAAAAAACCUGAGCGCCCGGUACAACCGAAGCCUCGGUUACCUGGGACUGAUGAAAGACAAAGUGUUCCAACUGCUACCAAAAAGCAACCUAAGACAGUUGCUGCACCUUCGAGAUACGAGCGAUACCCUGAUGAAUUACCUGAUGAAGAAGAGGAUGAAAUUUUCUCCCUAGUUUACUUCGAAGAACCUGAAGCAGACUGCCAUGAUGGAAACGUCUUAGAGAAGAUCUCUGAAUCGGACUGCUUACAAGCACUAUAGCUCUGCAGCUGGGGCAUGCCGGCCGCCGUCAACAUCUUGAAGAGCAAAACAACUACUAAAACAAAUAUUUCUCUACUUAAACGUAAUAAAAAUAUCGAAAGAUCUUUUUGCACUCAUAUCGUAUCAAGGCUGAGAAAACUCUAACGAAAGUCUGAGGUAACAUAAGUCUUUAAAUUAAAAAGAAUAAUUUAUAAUAUCGCACUGCACUAUGCACGGUAUUACCGUGUCGAGUGCAGUAAGAUAUUAUAACUUUUAUUCUUUUUCAAUUCUCACCUAGUCGUCAUAUCGUCUUUUUUAAUAUUGAGUCUAAUUUCCGUCAGAUAGUGUAAUUCAAAGCGGAUCCGGUAAUUAUUUUGAUUAAUUUGAGUUACGCAAAUUUCAAUCCCUAGAUAACCUUGGAGGAUAUUUUUGUAAUGUCCAAAUAGAAGUAACGCGGUUCACAAGCCAAUCAUUUAAACCUCUUUUUGUUAUAAUUUUGAUUUUAGAAUAUUGACAUUUGAUUCAUAUCCUCGUUUUGUUUUCGGUCACUGUUAUCUUUAUGGCAUUACAUGAAAUUUUGUUCAUUUGACAACUGCGGUCUUCUUAAAUAAUUCCCUUUUGAGCCAUCAGCUAAGCACGGUUAUUAAAAUAAAUAGUCGCUAACCACCGUUGAUCUAAAGAUAUACAUGCUUUAUAAUUUUAAUAAAUAUCACGGCACAGAUGUUUGUGAUUCUUUUACUUUGGGUUUAAAAUAAACAAAUACAUCUUGGACUCAAAAUAUAUCGUCAAACCUAGAAUUUAAGUGGUGGGUUACGUUGUCUGCAGUUUUUAAUACUUAACAAAUAGGUACUUUACAAAUAUUUUAUGUUUUGAUAACAUAUUUUCCAUAGAAGGUGAACUCGUUAAGUUCUGAACUCAUAUUGAAUUUGACAAAAAAGACGGAUAUGACGAAGGUAGAUAAUAGUUUUAUAUUGUUCCUAAGAGAAAUUGCCAAUCUUCAUCUCCGGCUUGCCUUAAUUGGUUGACUGGAGUGAUCGAACACGAGACAUUGGUCUGUCAUCUCUGGCUUGCCUUCACUGGCCGGUUCAGUCAGACAGAUGUGUUCAGUCAUCACAGGCCCACUAGGGCAUUGAGUUAAACCUAUAGAGUAACAGUCUCCAUUACCACGCGUCAAAAAUCAUGGAACCACUUUUGACAUACAUAGACGUAGCUUUGAAACCACUAAACUAUCCAAAGAAACUUGUAUCUCACUCACUCAAGUCGCAACAACAAUAAUGACGCCUAAGA